AUGUCGUUAAUCGCUCCAUUGACACUCGAUACUCCAGACACUCUAUAUUCAAAAUCGUAUGCAAUUAUUGUGACUGAAACAACAUCACAGAAUACUGAAUGGCAACGUGUAGUUGAAUAUCUUCUUUUAAAACAUUCACAAGCGUCACUUAUUGUCUACAAAGACAAUGACUUUCUCCAACUACGCGAUCAAUUAAGACAAUUAUCAAAUUUACCAAAAUAUACUUGUUUCAUUUGUCAACCGACAGAAUGUGGACGAAAUUUUAUUGCAACUAUUCAUCGUCUUCUACGUACAUUAGAUACAUUCACACCUUACCUAGAUACUAUGUGGAGUAUAGUUACGGGCAGUGAUGCUUCAUUGGCCCUCGAAUCAGUUAAAACAACAAAUACAUCAGAUGAAUUAAUUAUUACAAAAGGACUGAAUUUUACGUAUGUUAAUCAAGAUCUAUUUGAGGCAUGUUUUACAUUUGGAGAUGACAGAAAUGGACAUUGGUAUUCAAAGUUAUUUGGAGAAGAACGAAGUGGUGACGAAUAUCCAAAACAUCCAGCUACACUCUGGUGUGAAAUGUUUAAUGAUAUUCAACCAGAUCUGUUAGUUACAUCGGGUCAUGGUAACCAGUACUCAUUAGAAUUACCAUUUAGUAAUGGUGUUUUAUGUCCUGUAGCUGACACAUCAUGUCUAUGUGCAAUAAAUAAUCUGAAAGAGAAGAAACUUUUGCAUGAUCCAAUAUCUUCCAGUCCAAAUCCAAAAGUAUUUUUACCAAUAGGAAACUGUCUAAUGGGAUUUUGCUGUGGUUCAAAUUGUAUGGUCACGUUAUUUAUGGGAAAAUUGGGAGUUAAACAAUUAUGUGGUUACACGGUAUCGACAUGGUUCGGAAGAGGGGGAUGGGAUGUGUUAAAGAAAUGGACCGCUAUACCAGGUCGUCACACCCUUACAGAAUCCUAUUUCUUCAAUCAAAUUCAUAUGAUUAAUGAUAUAAAGGAGUACAAUGAAGAUUUAUUGAAAUUUAACUUAAAUUUUACAUGUGAAGACUACGAUUGUUGUUAUAAUCCCGAACAGAUCAAAAUUUAUACAAAAUGUAGUACACUAUCAAAUGAUAUCUGUGGUUUACUCUAUGAUCGCGAUAUUGUUGCGUGUUAUGGUGAUCCAGCCUUUGUAGCACGUUUUAAAACAAUUAAAGAGACAGUUGAAACACAUUUUGAAUGUACAGGCGAAAAUCAACAUCGAUUCGUUAUUACAUUUAUAAAUGAUAUCGUAGAUGUUGGACCAAUUGGUUCUGUAUUUACAUAUAGAAUUAAAGAUUACAAAUUACUCACAGACAAUAAAGAAUUGAAAAUAAUAUUGUCGCAUAAUUUCAUCUUUGUUAUCAAUCCAAAACCGAAGGAUAAUGAAAAAAUACUAAAAAUUGAUUUUCAAGGAACAAUUAUUAAAAAAUUGUCACAAAAAGCAAUUGAACUUGUUAAAUUACAAAAUGAAGAUCGUACAAAUGAAUUAUGUAAAGGUGAAAUUUGA